CAAAUUUCCCACAAAAUUCCCGCCAUCACCUGCUUGAGACUUGAGAGUUAGGGCUGGGAGCUCACAUCCUACUCACCUCCGCCCAACUCCAUACAACCGCCGCAACGGAAAAUGGCCGGCGCCUCCGAUCCCCAUGGCUCCGCGUUUUCGGCCGCAGAGCUGGAGUUUCUUGCGGAGGAUGAAAUGAUUGAAAUUGUUCCGAAUUUGAGAAUGGAUCCGCUCAAUUUUAUAUCUGGGGAUUUCGGUCCUUUUAGACCCCAAAUACCAACUCAAGCGCCGCUGUGGCUGGCCGUGGCCUUGAAGAAGAGAGGGAAGUGCACAAUUCGAGCUCCAGAGUGGAUGUCUGUUGAUAAGUUAUCACAAGUACUGGAAGCAGAGCGAGAUUCGGAGAAGUUUCAGCCUUUGCCAUUUCACUAUGUAGAAAUAUCGAGGCUUCUUUUUGAUCAUGCACGAGACGAUAUUCCCGAUAUCUACAUGGUAAGGUCCCUCAUUGAGGACAUCAAGGAUGUGAGGUUUCAUAAAAUUGGGAAAGGCUUGGAGAUUAUCUCAAAGGAACGUACUUAUGCGCUGAGGCUCAAGAAUUUAUCUGCUAUGGAAGCAAAUAUAGUGCGCCCAUUUGUUACAAGAGCUCUCGAGACAUUUUAUAAGCUUGGUAGUUCUGAUAUGAUACAAGAAUCUGACCACGCUCCUAAUAGACAACAAGCGACCAAUCGUGGGCCAAGACGGCAACUGAAAGAUAGAUGAUUCCAAUCUCCGGAGAUGCUGUACAAAUGUAUUUGUAAUGGUAUCAAACUACAAAUAGUGAGUUCUUGUAAUUUGCUCUAACGGCACUCCGAUUCCUUUAUAUAUUUAUCCCUCAAAUGUUUCGCCUUUUCUGUGAGAGUGACUGAGUUGAAGAGAAGAAUCAAUCUACAGCAACAGAUGGCCUCUAAUCUUAUCCAAGGACACCUUUAAUUAAAGUAAGGCUAUUCCUUGCAUUUUAUUCAGCUGCUAUGCAUUUCUGCUGGUAAUAUGCAUCCUUAUUCAGUUAUUUGUAUAGUUCUAUGGUGGUUUGUGAGGGACAUCUAAUUGCAUAAUCAUAUUUUUGUGAAACAGUCAGCCAUAAACAUGUCUAGUUCAAUAAAAUUUACCAGUAAUUCAAA